AUGGAUGCGACGCCGUUAACACGGUUCGAUCCCUCCGACCCCUCCGACGACCCCUCCUAUUCUUAUUCCUACGCGACCACCAGCAACACCAACGCCGACACCAACGCCGACACCAACAUCACCGACAAUAACAUCAACACAAACACAAACACCAUGGGCUCGGUUCGCCGCUGGGCCCGCAGGCUUGAGCGGUCAUGCUGCACCUGCGCAAAGUACUUUCCCUUGGUUUUCGUCUACGGGUUGACUACCUGGGCCGCUUAUGUUCUGAUCAUGCUCUGCUCCAAUCCGUCCAAGGUGACUUGGCUUGGCACACCCACCGCCGUCGGUGGCAUCACCCUCUACCUCCUCCUCAACUGGUGCUACACAACCGCUGUCUUCACCCCCCCAGGGAGCACCACCAACGACAAUGGCUACAGCACGCUCCCGACCCACGCCGCCCCAACCGCCACCUCCUUCACUGUUAAGUCCAAUGGUGAGAUGCGCUUUUGCAAGAAGUGUCAGGCCCGCAAGCCCGACCGCGCCCACCACUGCUCCACUUGCCGCCGCUGCGUGCUGAAGAUGGACCACCACUGUCCCUGGCUAGCCACCUGCGUCGGCUUGCGCAACCACAAAUCGUUCCUGCUCUUCCUCAUAUACACGACACUCUACUGCUUCUACUGCUUCGUCGCGUCCGGCGCCUGGGUGUGGGAGGAGAUCUUCGCUACCAACGCCUCUACCGUCGAGAGUCUGAUGCCUGUCAACUACAUCCUGCUGUCCAUCAUCUCCGGUAUCAUCGGGAUAGUUAUUGGCGCCUUCUCCGGAUGGCACGUCUACCUGGCCUCCAAGGGGCAGACCACCAUCGAGUGCCUCGAGAAGACGCGCUACCUCUCGCCCCUGCGCCAGAGCAUGCACCGGACCUACAUCAACCAGCACACCCCUGGACAGGGUGUCGCCCUACCCUCCUACGGCCAACAGCUCCUCGACAUCCACCAAAACGCCCUACCGGGCAUAACCCGCCCAGAAGAAGGAGAGGAACUGCGCCCGGAGCCCUCCCGCAGCCCGCGGCGGAACCACGUCCCUGACAUUGAGUACGGCUCUCCGUCUCGGCGAACAGGGAUGGAGCCCGACCUACAAGCUGGCACGCGGCGCUUCACGCCAGACGAGAUGGAGCGCUACCGCGCGCGCAAACGCUACGAGGAGUACCUGGACGAGCAGGACUCGACGCGCCUGCCCAACGCCUUCGACCUGGGCCCCCGCCGCAACCUGCUACACCUGUUCGGCCACAACCCGUGGCUAUGGCCCGUUCCCGUGAGUAACACCACGGGCGACGGCUGGAGCUGGGAGCCGAACCCGGCGUGGGUGGGUGCGCGGGAGCGCCUGGCGCGGGAGAGGGAGCAGCAGGCUGAGCGGGAGAGGGUCGCCGGGUGGGGUGCAGGGGACGACGGCGAGGAUGAUGACGAUUAUGACCAUGGCAAUAAUAACCGGGAGGGCAAUGGCUUGCUUGGCGAACAGCCUCUCGCUGCUUUCCUCGCCCUCGGCGACGAGCACAAUGGUCUGGCCGCAGAAUCCUCCAGCAAAGCCGACCGCAUCCUCGGCCGGGACUCGAAUCUCUACGUCGACGGCGGCCAGGGCGAGUCAGUCUCGCUCUGGCGGCUGAGUCCCGCCACGGGGCGGACCAUCGAGGACGAGCUGGACGAGAUUGACCGCGCUGAUGACGGUGAUUAUGAUGAUGAUGGUAAUGAUGAUAAUAAUGGCAACGAUGAUGGUGCGAGGAAUGGGAGAGGUGCGGUGGGGCAGCAACCACAACAACAAAAUCAACAAAAUCAGCAACAGCGAAACCAAAUACAACCACGACCUCAACCACCACAAACCCAACCCCAAAAUCAACGACACCCUCGCGCCGAAGCGGAACGUCGCGCCCUGAACGUCGUGACCAACGCCCGUUGGGGGAGCCGGAGUCCCGGCCCCGGCCCCAGUCCCAGUGCGAGCACCCUGCUCAGGGGGGCGGCGUCGCCUGUGUCGCCGGCGAUGCUGAGCAGUACGAGUGGGUCGGGUGGGGAGGAGGACGGGGAUGAGGAUGAUGAUGGAGUGGAUUGGAAUGAUCUAAUACUUGGGUUGUUUGUGCGCUGA